GAUUUGGGUCUGAAAUGUUAUUCUUUGCAAUAGUGUAAAUAAAUGUGCAAAAUUGAUGAGUACUGAAACAUUCUAUUUCUCUCCAAACAGAUUUUAUGCUGCAUGUGUAGUUCUUGGUCUGCAAUAUUUACAUGAGCACAGGAUAGUUUACAGAGAUCUAAAGCUGGAUAAUCUGUUGCUGGAUACUGAAGGCUUUGUUAAAAUAGCUGACUUUGGUCUCUGCAAGGAAGGAAUGGGAUUUGGUGACAGAACAAGUACAUUCUGUGGCACUCCAGAAUUUCUUGCUCCAGAAGUAUUGACAGAAACAUCUUAUACAAGAGCUGUAGAUUGGUGGGGUCUUGGUGUACUUAUCUAUGAAAUGCUGGUUGGUGAGUCUCCUUUCCCAGGAGAUGAUGAAGAAGAAGUUUUUGACAGUAUUGUAAAUGAUGAAGUAAGAUAUCCUCGAUUCCUGACUACAGAAGCUAUCUCAAUAAUGAGAAGGCUUCUGAGGAGAAAUCCAGAGCGUCGCCUUGGUGCCGGCGAAAAAGAUGCUGAAGAUGUCAAAAAGCAUCACUUUUUUCGGUUAAUUGACUGGAAUGCGUUGCUCGCCAAGAAAGUGAAGCCCCCUUUCGUCCCAGUCAUAAGAGGAAGAGAAGAUGUCAGCAAUUUUGAUGAUGAAUUUACCUCAGAAGCGCCUAUUCUCACUCCACCUCGGGAGCCUCGGAUACUUUUGGAAGAUCAGCAGGAUAUGUUCAGGGAUUUCGACUACAUUGCUGAUUGGUGUUAAUCUUUUAGUCACUGUGAAUAUUCCAGCCGAUUUUUUCCCCAGGACAACUUUCUCCAGUCACCCUAAGAAGACCAUUCUUCGGAUCACUCUCCCUCUCUGCUGCCUGUAGCUUCUGAUUUUUAAAUCAUAUGAAGAUUUUAAACAGUACUGUUUUUAAUACAGAGGAGGCCUGGCCUCUCUUUUGUAUAGCCUUUUUUGUUACUUUCUAACCUUGAGCACUGGAAAGCAAUUUUGUGCAGCUCUUGAAGCUGAUUCGGUGGGUGCGGGCUGUUUUCUACAUUCACACGGGCACCCUUGUACUUGUAUCUUUAUUCUUCCAGAGAAGAAAGCAUCACAAAACACCUACUUUACGAAGUGGGACCACAAACAGAUAACUAAGCUAGACCGAUCACCUGCCCAAGUUUUAAAGAAAGAAAACAAAAGCUGUCGGUCCUUUUCAGAAGGAGAAUGAACGUCCCCCCCAAAUAGCAGAACUCAAAGACUGUCUAGCACACUAGUGACUUGAUUUCUCAAAAUAAUGUGUAUUACAAACUAAUGCCUUGUUUAACAAACUCUUACGGUAUUUAUUAGUGAGGAUAUGCUUCAAAACCUUACCUAUGUCAAAGCAGUGUCAGUGCUUCCAUUUGCAGGAAAAAAAAGACUGGUCCUAAAGGUUUUACCAAAGUCACUUGCUAAACAAAUGUGUUUGCCUUUAAAUCUUGUUAAACACUGUUCAGAAAUAACCAGCAGAUAUGAAGAAUGUAAUGAAUGUUUUUCUAGUCUUAAUCAGGAAUACUCCUAAAUGUAUGGAUUUCCCUUAAAUACGUUUAUAUUUUUAAAGUUGUGUAUUUUCCACAUUAACUUCAAUCAUAUUCUAGCAAAUCAGUAUAUCUAGUUAUCUCAUUCAUCAUACAUUUGCUGUUCACAAUGUUCAAAACAUUCAUGUUUAACGAAUGAAGAAGUGUAUUGUAUACACCCAGUAUACAUGUAUAUUUGGAAACUAUGUUUUGUUUAAAUCAUAUAGAUUAACUGUACACUUUUAGUUUUGUCCAGUGGCUGUUUGAAUGUAUUACUGAAAUCCAGAUUUAAUGGUGAAAAUCCACUUGUAUACAUUUUUAUGGCCACUGAAUUCAAUAAUCGUAAUUGGAAAUUACUGAGAAUAAGGGUAAAAGCAAUAUGUUUUAAGAGAAUGUAUAAAUAUUUUUGAUAAAACUUGUAUAUUUUAAGUCUCUUAACACUAUGCUGUACCUCAAAAGUUAAAAUCUUUGACUAGAUGCUGCGUGUUUGCUUUACAGACUUUAAAGUAGUUUUUGUUACAUUCUGAAAGAACAAAAUCAUGUUUAAAUCAGUGGAAAGCAACAUUCCACUUUGUCAGCAUAUGUGUUUGUGAUCAACUUCAUUUCCUAACACCAGAAGAUCAAGAAUAAGCAUAAAGUUUUUAAUUAGUAGACUUACUAUUCAAUCUGGAAUGUGGUUCAGCAUCAAUAAAUCAUAUACGGGGCAGAUUUUGCAAGAAAGUAGAGUAAUACCAAUAUGGGGUUUGUGUGGGGGUGCUUGGAGGUGGGGUAUUUUUUUCAUAAUCUAUUCCACCACCCCAUUCAUAAAAUAUUUUGUUUCACUAUGAUACCUGGGGACUCUAAUCAUAUUUUAUAAACUUACAAGAAUAUAAGGAAUAAGAAGGUUGCCAGAAUAACAUGUGUAAAUUCCUUCAUAAGGAAGAUAGAUAUUUUUUUAUAAAAAUCAUGAAUAUUACUAAGUUGCAGUUUUUUUAAAAAAAUGCACUAUCAUUUUUCAGUAUACUAAUUUAGUUUUUUUUAUUUCAAAUGGCUACAUCUUAAUUAAGCAAAACACUAAAUAUUGAGGUACAAUCUGCCAACCCCUUUUCUUCCUUAUUAUUUCUAUAAACAGCUAGGUCCCUGGUAGGUGCUUCAAAUUUAAAAUCCUAUGGAAGAAACUUUUUGUAAGUAUAAAUUGUACAGAAAUGUUU